AUGAUAGCAGAGAUAAGCAAGCCCAAGAGCGUUAAAGUGGUAGAUAAUCUGGCCCUGACGGCAUAGAGGUUGCCAGUUGUGCACAAAUCGGUUUCUCACACGCUAGUGCUACAAGCCAAUUGUUGGCUACGCGCAUCAAGUGCAUCGUACUCACACGAUUUACGCCAGCAGAAAUCGGCAUGAAACGGGGCGCACGGAACUAGUGGUGGUACACACAAAAAUGAACAGGUAGCUCGUACGUAUCAACGUGUGCUAGAAAACCAGCGAUUCAUUCAUUUUAACUCAAUCAGGGCUACAGCAAGUAACUAUUCCGUCACAAUGCGCGUGGAAAUGAAUCUCGACGUACAGCACUGUCAUGAUGAUAUUGACACCAGAAUAGCAGAAUUCAAGCAAGAUUCAGACAAAAUGAACGAGCUGAAUCUGUUCCUCGACAACGUACUGGAAGAGGCCCAGAAAAAUGCGGAAAUAAAGCUACAAACCAAGCUGGAGGAAGAACGACCUAAAAAUGGUAACAAACUUCUUAGUGGCAUCAAGCAACACAGAAUGGUGACACGCACAAGGGGAAUAGUUUUACGAAUCUUCGAGGCUAUUUGCAACUGUACGAACUCCGCCACCAUUCCUGGCCAACGGCCAACAACAGCACCGGCAAACGUUGGAUCCACUUCCAAAAACUAA